GCUAUGGAGUUUGUUUUGUACUAUGCUGAUCAGUUAUGAUCUAUAAAUAAACCAAGGCAUGCCAUCAAAAGUCAUCGCUUGCCAAAUUCCAGAACAAGACACGUGCAAGAAUGUGAAUUGUGAGGACUGAGGGAGGUGCGUGCGCGAGAUGCUCUAUAAAUGGCAGUCACGAACUGCAGGUGCAAAACCAAAGAUUUCGCAGCUCUCUUGUAUUGUUUUCGGAAAAACCAUUAGUGACCACAAAUGUCACGUCCAGUUUUUCCUGCAGUUGUUUGACAGUAAUUCCUUUGAGGACAUGAAACGCGUGACAGACAUUGCUCUCGUUCUGAUCUUCGCCUGUAUCGUGCAGCAGUUCGCACAUGUGAACAGCAUGAGAGAUAGAGGGAGGAGAGCGCAGACAGAUGGGAAGGGGAAGAGAAGAGGUCAGCGGAAUGAAAGUGGCCUGAAAGGGAGAUUCUCGCUGAAGGACGGAGCGCGGUGCUCGUGGCGCGCAGCGCGCGGGGAUGAUGAGUUUGUAUUGGGAGUCACGUGUAAAAACGGGGCAAAGACUUUCGGCUGCGAAUAUGUAGCGAAGCCCACAGCAUGUCAACAAUACGCAUCCAAUACCAAAGCCUACUGGAAACAGAUCUCCCGUUCUCUGAAAAAGCAGAGGAGAUUGUGUCGCGACUCUACGGCGAUGGUCAAAGCCGGUCUGUGCCGGAGCGCGCCCGCCGAAGCGCACUUCAGACUGAAGGAGGACACGCGGCUCUCCUCCAGAGCCCCGUUACCGACAACCGCGGGGAAUAAUCACUGUCCUGACCGGAUCGAGAGGCUGAGAGUGGCCGAAGAAUACUGCAGCAGCGCCUGGUCUUCACUGUGUGCAUUCCUCUUCUUGAUGCUUGAGAAUGAUGAAUGCUUGUGAUUGACCGUGAAAAUACUUUUUCAAGGCAAUUUUUAUAUUAUAUUAAUUUCUGAAUGAAAUUAACCUCUUGCACUCCUAUUUUUUCCUUUUUUGUGAUUCAUUAUUAGCACUUUAACUUUAAAUAUGGCCAUCAUCCAAAAAAAAAAAAAAAAAAAAAAUUAAUACGGAAGCUGGAGGUUCAUACCAAAAUAUGACUCGGUGUAUUUACAUUUUGGUUUGCGUAAUAUGAAAGCAAUAUGGUAACACAAAUUGGAGAGAAAAAAAAUCAGUGGUUCUUCUGAAACUGUACAAGAAAAUAAAACCUGAGAUCACCUGUGGGGAGAUGGACUCCACAAGAUGAAAUGUCUAAAGAAACAUACUAAAUAAUGUCUUGUCAAAUAAUGUCUAAAUGUUGUUUGAAAUAUCAAAAUUCAAUAAA